AUGGAGUACACACCACCAAAACUUGCCAAUCUUCACUACAGUAGUAUCGACUCUUCUUCUUCUGACUCUUCUUCAGCUGAUUCUGGAUAUUCUGAUUCUUCUGCAGCGUCCGAUUACUGGCAAGAGGUUGUUUUGUCUCACGAUGUAAAGAAGAUAGUACGAAAAACCGAAUGGCCGGUUCGGCAUGAAGUACGGCGAGAGUUAUGGCGAGUGCUGUGUCAUAGCAAAGACUUCGACAGCAGCAAAGCGCUCUAUCGUACCGAACUUGAAGAAACUGUUAGGAGCGGAACGAAAUCUCAUCAGCCGCAAUUCCUUAGCGAAGAAGGUGUUGUGGUGAACAACUUUGACCUUAACGAGCAGGGAGCUGUGCGUUUACUCCGCUUGCUCACCGUAAUCGAACACCUCCGGCCGGAAAUUAGUUCUGCACCGAUGCUUUAUCCGCUAUGUGCUCUUAUGCUGCAUUAUCUAGAAGACGAAGACGUAUUCGCUUGCGUACAGCAUUUACUCGUAUCAAAGGGUUAUCUUAUGACGUCACCUGUGCAAUGGUCUGCUUCGUCUCACACAAUCCUAUCCCUCGUUAAGAAACACAAACCACAUGCAUAUGCAAUGUUGAAGCGGCGAAUAGGCACGGCAGACGACUCGAUACUAGUCAAAGCGGUUUGUAAUUACUAA